AUGGUGUCUAUUCCUAAUUUUAGGAGUGAAUAUGGGAUGUGGACUGCUUUUCUUGCGCUUGCAGUGCGUUUGUUCUUACCCUUUCCAGGUGACCUAGAGCUUCCGCAGUCAACAAUGCUGGCGGUCAGCGUUGCUCCUUACCAGGUGAUGAAUGUGAGGUAUGUAACAUGCUCGCCAUUCCGGAAGACAUUAGCUAUACUGCUGCAUAUGUCUUUGAUAAUUCAUCCGCUUGGUCAGUUGUCCACUAAAUGUGAAGUGGCUAAAAAGAAAGGAAAUUAA